AUGGCUCGUGAGGAGCGGCUGUACUUCUGCAAGUGCGCAUCUACGUGUUCGGCGCGCGGCGGCCAAUGGAUCAACAAGAGUACAGCCGUAACUCAUCGUCAAGACGAUGAGAUUUUGCCUAUUCUUCAGCGACGACGUCAACCGGCACCACCACCGGCACCGGAAACUCCGCCGCCGACGCCGGGCCCAGCAUCCUCUUCAGCGUCGUUCUCAGCACCAGCCCCGUUCGGCGAGACCUCUACCGGGUCUGAGUCCUCGUCUACGAUCCCGCCGGACUUCUCGGCCUAUGGGUUCGGUCCACCAGUCUUCGACGACGCGCUUGCCGAACUUUUCAGGACGGAGAUAGCUGAACUUCUCGACGAGCCUCAAUUCAAGCCGCUGGUCUUUGUCCACGAUCCUGCAAGCUACACACUGUCCGCAUCAACGGCUGUCUCCCCCGCAAUCGAGGCAGAUAAGCAAUUUCGUUUAUCCUCUUCGGGAAACAACUCCAAACACCUCCGCAUGCAAGCGCGCUUCUACGAAAUGCUUGACACUAUCGAUACCUGGCCAGAUUCAGAAGACCUGGAGGGACUCUCCGACCAGAUAUACGCUGCACUGGGGGAGCUCGAUGCAAGGCGCGUGUCUGCUUGGGUCGCACAGCACAAUCGCGACGUCGCUCCUAACGUGGUGCAAACCGAUCAAUAUUACCGUCAGAGUCUACCGAAGAACUCUUUCGUGGCUUCAGCAUACGUCGGAGUCUUGGCGCUUUCUGCUAUGGGCAAGCUGGAUCGUUCUAGCGGGCGCUUCUUACUCGCUACCUAUCGUGAUGCCGCCGCUUCGACUGCCGAGACCUCACAGCUAGUGGAUCAGAUUCCCAAAGACCCACGCACGGUGCUGAGGGCGAUCGAUAUAUCCCCCCGUUGUCGGCGAUACGCCGCCUGUCCUCGCUGCUCAGAACUUUACCCGACGGACGAGGGCGUAGCAACCCCAAGGCUCUGCACCAAGCAAUCGACUCCGAAGAGCCCGAUCUGUGGUGAACCUAUUCUUCACGAGGGCGGGAAGCAUGGGCGUCUGCAGCCAAUCCUACCAUACAAGCACCAAGACAUCCUUCAGUGGCUUGCACGGCUCCUGUCCCGGCCAGACAUCGAAGACUACCUCGAGUCUGCGCAUCACUCGGAGAGGAAGACGGACCCAAUGUCGAGGGACUGGGAUGGCGAGCGCUUGUACAAGAUCAAAGACGAAGAUGGCGAGCCCUUCCUUCCUGGGCCACCCGGCGAAACGCAUAUCGUCUUCUCAUGGUCCUUCGACUCCUUCAAUCCGUACUUCAACAUGAUCUCUGGUGUCACGGCAUCAUCGACGGGUUUCUGGUUGGUUUGCAUGAGCCUUCCGGAGAGUAUCCGCUAUCGCGAAGAGAACAUCUACUUCGUCAGCUGCUAUCCGGGCAAGCCGGACGCCUCUCAAAUCAACCCCAUUCUGUCCCUCAUCGUCCGCGACUUCCUGAUGCUGUGGCGCGGUGUCUGGUUUUCGAGGACGCGCAAGCACCGUGCCGGCCGCUUCCUCAAGGCUAUUGUCGUGCCUCAGAUCAGCGAUUCCGAUGCACUACGUCAGGGAUCGGGCCACAGCGCGCACAACUCCGCGCAUUUCUGUCUUUUUUGCGCCCUCCUCUAUCAGGAUAUUGAGAACCUCGACCCCGAGUCCUGGCCUGCAUACGAUGUGCAAGAAUUCCACGCGGCGGUCGACGCCUGGAAGAACGCUCAAACUGAUGGCGAACGAGCCAGCCUGUGGAAACAACAUGGCCAGCGCUGGACACCCUUCUUUGACCUACCUUACUACGACUUCUUCCUCGACAACAUCUUCGAUCCCAUGCAUACCUUCAAGAUCCGUAUCAUCGAGGACCAUAUACGACGUGCCCUCGCAUAUAGACCUCCGGGCGCAAAAGAGUCGAGCUAUGCGGCACCUACGGUAGACCGCCCGCCCGAUGAAGACCUGUUGAAGCUGUAUCGUGAAUUACUCGCCGCUCGAACUGAAGCCGAGAUCAUGCAGCUCAAGGAGAAGUUGGACCGCAAGCUGAAGUCGUAUUCGUGGGCCAUGUGUAAAGAUCUCGAGCUGCGCACCGUCUCCACGAUCUAUCAUUUCACCCGGAAUAUCGAGGACUGGCGACGCUCUACAACUGAAGAAGUCGUGGCAACUACGCUGACGGAGCUCAUCACUGAACUCGAGCCGGACACAACGUCAGCCGUGAGCAUGUCAUCGCCCGCGGCUCUUCCUUCUUUACUCACGACCUCGCUCUGCUGGCAGGAUGAUACCGUCGCCUCGGCGCGGGCUACGCCCAUUCAGUCGCCGUCUCCCUCUCCAGUUCCCACGCCGGCAAAUUCUCGUGCAAGCUCGCGAGCUAGCUCACGCGCCGGUCUUACGGAGGCUGAGAGGGAGGCUCUUCGGGAGGAAUAUGUCGCAUCCCUCCAAGACCUUAUUGACUCACAUCACCUCGACCCCCUCUACGAGCGGUUCUUCUAUCGACAAUCUCCAAACACCAUCAACACGAACUCCACUGAAAGGGACAUAGACGCGAUAUGCUACGAAGCCGGUAUACCUUGGGAGGGCGUCCACAAAGCAGUCAAGAUCAGGUCCAUUGAAGAUGAAAUAACGCGAAGGUACGGCAUAGCUCCACGGCAGAAAGGUCAACGGGCCAAAGCUAUUGGAAGUUCGCGCAAGAAGAAGGCAUCUGUGGACGCUCGUGAAAGCUUGACUCCGGAUAUCGUGGAAGAGGUUUGGGGAGACCAGGGACGUACCAGGCUGCCUACCUUCGUCACGCACCUCCCUUCAGAUUGGGGUACAGCUGGGCGCGGGAAGUUGUCUGCCGCGCAGUGGACGGUACUUCUAUGCGUUCAUCUCGUCAUAACCCUGGUCCGGCUUUGGGGAGGGCUCGACCUGACAGACCGACGAAGGCAGCUGCUGGACCACACGAUGAAGCUCGUGGACAUCAUACUCCUCGUAUUCCGCAAGACCAUAUCCCUUGCCGAUGUCGAUUCCUACGAGAUGCUUAUGCGCGAGUACUUGAUUGACAAGAAACGUCUCUACAAGGACGUCACCAUCAAACCCAGCGACCACGUAGCCAUGCACUACGGCGAUGUACUCCGUAACUUCGGUCCGACGCGUUCGCACGACGGCUCGUUCUACGAGAGGUUCAUCCGCCGCCUGCAUAGCUUCAAGAUCAACCUGAAGCCAGGAGAACAGGAGUCGACGUAUAUGGAUAGCGCCGUUCGACAUGCAAACCUAAGGGCUAUGCUGCUGGAUGAGGAUGACGCUCUGCAGCGCUUUUCGCACUUCCUCGACGAACACCGUCUUCAGGAGCGCUGGGAUCCUCGGGGCACCAAACUUGGAAGUUUGCUCUUCGCCUCGAGGACCAAAGAGACAUGGGAGGGAGCGCUGUACUUGCCGGACGACAUCACUACGUCGCUGCUGACGGAAUCUCAUCAUCAACUCGCGACUGAUUUCAUAAGACACGCAGGCUUUCCUACCGCUUCCAACCCUUUGCCGCGCAUCGUGCAUACGCUACCCAAGUUCUCGGCAGGCGGUGUGGCAUACUGCACCGAAGAUUGCAGUUCUAGAGACAGUGUGAUAGCCUAUACGACUUCAGCAGGGCGACGUAGCGCUGGCGUCAUCAAGUCUAUCAUCUUACUCGAUCGUCCAUCCGACCCCCAUCCGCCUUCGCAUCUCCUAUCUCAACCUUCGCUGCUACUGGUCAUCCGACCCUACAAGCCGUUGUCUGGCCUUGAACAAGAUAUAGAUGAACGUUUUCGCCGCUACCCCAACGCUGGCUUCUGUUGCCGACCGGAAUCUGUGGCAGAGCAAGUACUCGGUGCCACUCAGCUCAUCAGUCACGUAGCAACAACCCCAACGUCUCUUCCGUUCGAGGGCAAACAGACGGACGUGGUCCAUUGUCUUCCUUUAGGCGCAGUGUCUUCGGCGCUCAUGACAGGCCUUGUUCAGAACCCGAUGGACCACGAUGAGGACUCGUGA